GAGGAAGAAGGCUGGAUGGAGGGCGAUCUCAACGGGCGAAGGGGCCUCUUCCCUGACAACUUUGUAAAGGAGUUGAAGAAAGAAACCAAAGAUGUCAAGGAACUAAAAAAUGAAAGUAAAGAAGAGACCUGUCAGCCUCGCAGGAGAGAAAAGAGUGCAGGGAACGUGGCCAACCUGGUUCAGAGGAUGAGUACGAUUGGGAUACCCACUGGUGGCUUCCAGCCUCACGCACAGCCGCCAGUACCUUUGAAAAAGCCUAAGAAGAGACAGUGCAAGGUGCUGUUUGAAUACCAGCCACAGAAUGAAGAUGAACUUGAGCUAAAAAUAGGAGACAUUAUCGAUAUCACUGAAGAGAUUGAAGAGGGUUGGUGGAGUGGCACCUUGAAUUCCAAAUCAGGACUCUUUCCGUCCAACUUUGUCAAAGAGUUGGAUGCCAUUGGAGAGAACGGAGAGUCAGUCUCUUCUUCUUGGUGCCUCUCCCCAGAUGGAAGUGCCACAGAAAGCACAAACAACUCGACAUCACCUCAGCCCUCCACAGGGAACGGAGUCAUCGCUCAGCCCAAGAAGGUUAAAGGUGUCGGCUUUGGAGACAUUUUCAGAGACGGUUCACUGAAACUAAAGCAACUUGUGAUCGACUCAGAGGAAAAAAAAGACAAGCCCCCAUCAUUACCAUCAACUGCAAAGCCCGCCGAUUCCAAAACUACAGAGUCACAGAGAGCAUAUGGAGAGAACAAAUCAAAAGUGAAAGAGUACUGUAAGGUCAUCUUUCCUUUCGAGGCCACAAACGUGGACGAGCUAGACCUGAAAGAGGGUGAUGUCAUCCACGUACUGACCAAGGACACAGGUGAGCCCGGUUGGUGGCGAGGGGAGAUUGGAAGCAAGGAAGGAGUUUUCCCAGACAACUUUGUGGUGCUGCUUUCUGAAGCAGAGAAAGAGGCUUCCGCUUCCAGAGGCUCAUUGCAAUUACCAGCUAAGAACGAGGUAGAAGAGAAACCAAGGAAGCCGCCUCCACCAUCAAAAAAUGCCGCUCACAAGCCGGACGUUCCCGGUGCCGAUAAGAAGCCUCAUUCCGUCAGGCCAGAGGACAAAGUUGACACACCUGUGGUUGAUCACAAACCAACCAAGCCUGGCGCACCUUUGGUCCACCCAAAGAAAAAGCCGGUCCUUCCUCCUGGUAAGAGCAGAGCAGGAAGCAUCCCACCAAAGAGGCCUGAUAAACCCAGUGCUCCCUCCCCAAACCUGAAACACAAUGGCGACGCCCCUUCCUCAGGGCCAAAGGUCGAUUUUGAGACAACAGUGCCCACUAAACCCAAAACACUCUCUGGUGAUUGUGAGAAGACCUCAGAUACGGACUUGAUGAGUUUUGAUGACUUAUCUUCUAACUCGGAGAAGCUCUCUCACCCCACCGCAACCAGAGCAAAAAUGCCUGGCAGGAGGCUGCCUGCCCACUUUGUUGGACAUUUGCCCACCAAGGAAGUGAAUGUGGAGAAAUCGUUUAAGAAUGAUGACGAGGAUACACCCAAACCAAAGCUGACAGAACCCAGAAAGCCUUCCACAAGCUCAGUGGCUUUACCGCCAUCACAUCUCAAGCCCACUGAGCCAAAGCCCAGCACGCCCACAUCAGUCCUAAACUCCAGCACAGACGGCGCUUCGCCAGAGAGCAGAGGCCGGUCGCAUCCCAACGAGACGAACCUCCAGGUGGAGGAGCUGAAGAGUCAGAUAAAGGAACUUCUGCUGUCUGUGGAGCUGCUGAAGGCUCAGCAAAUGAAAGAAAUAACAGAUCUACGAGGAGAGUUGGAUGAGGAAAGAGUAAAACGUGUGGCCUUGCAGAUGGAGGUAGAGAAACUAAAGCGGAGCAUCCACUCGACGUGAAGCCGGCGUUCCAGUCAACAACAACGCUCCAGAUCAGCUGCUGUCCUGUCAGCCAAUCACAUUGCUGGAGGGUUGCGACGGACAAAUAAUCACGGCUGGAGAGAGGGUGGGGAAACGGAAGAAAUAUCUUUCACACAAUCCUUUUCAGUGAUCUACAAAAAAAUAAUCUAUUUGCCUAGUUUGUAAAAUUUACACUUUGCACAUAUAUUUUUUCAUGCAGAUAUAAUUAAGCUACAGAUGUAUAUGUUUCUCUCUGCCUUUACCAACACACACAAAAUAUAAUAAUAAUGAGGCCUUAGUAAAAACUGUCGUUGGACUUGCAGUUCUCCUUCAUGCUCUCUCCCUUUCCCUCACAACUCCUCAGGGAGGAGGUUCCUUCCUAGUACUACUGACUUUGAGUAAAGCAGGGGGUGCUUGUAUUCUUUAUUUUCUUCUUUUUUUUUUUUUUUUUUUUUAUGCACAGAAUUGGUUUUUAAAAAAUGUAUGAUUUCAGGUUUUUUUUUUGUUUUUUUUUUAACAUCUUGAAAUCAGUUUGUGACGCGACGAGACAUUUUAUUUUUUAAAUUCCACACUGCGCCUUUGUUGUGUUUUAGAGAGAGCGGUGCUUUUAUUUUAUUUAUUUUUUUUCUUCUUUCUUCCUUGCCUUCCUACCCAGGGUAACACUAACGUGCCUGUUGAAAUCUGAAUUGUAUUUAGUUUCUGUGCUGGGAGUGUUGUGCGUUUACCGUGAUGGUAUCUGGAAAUUUGCAGCAUGUUAUAUUAUAGCUCUAUUUUUAAACAUUCCUACUCACUGACUUGAUGUCGGCCACGUUCUGCGCUGUCUGUUCGCAGCCGCUGGCAACGUUGUCGCGCUCUUGCUAUAGCCUGCAGGAUAUUAACAGUAUCUAUACAAAAACUACCUGAAACAGAAGAAGGGAGGGCAAGAAUGUAAGAGGCUUAUUUUCUUCCAGCGAUCAUCUCGAAAACUGCCUUCAUUUCUGCCGUGUUUUCUAAUCUUUGCAUUCUGUACUGUGGCUUUCAAUUUAAUUAGUGAACUGUGUCACCAGAGAGGAGGAACAAUUAAUAGGAUGCUUGUUUUUAACUUCAGAUUUACUGUUAUUCCCACAUUCCAAGUAAACAUCGAGAAAACUGGAAUCACAAUGGAGCAAUAAUAAUCAAAACCAAGUUCUCAAACGGGGAGGAUUGGGUUUAUUAGGGAGGGAGGGUAGUAUUAUUUUUCUCAAAAGCACUUUGAGUCAUUCGGAUGGCCUUUGCUUGACUUCAGGGUGUUUAUCUUCCUUUGACACCAGGCUAAACUGAUUAUACUGUAAAGAAGUGGAGAGGCCAGUUUGAUUGGCUGUGGCAUGAAACGAAUAACAUGGAACCUGUGCGUGAGUUCCAUCAUGGAGUAGCGUUAUGUCAAGAUGUCAGCUCGAAAAUGACCUGAUGCUAUUUUAUCGCAUGUUGAGCGUUCUUGUGUUUCUGUAUCAAAGUGUCCUCGAGCAAGAUGAUAAAACUUCACAAUGCUCCCAUUGUGCGGAUUGGUGAGUUUGCAGCCGUCUGUGUGUGAUAAAUUCAGAUGGGAUUACUUGUAUAAGGGGAGGUGAAGUGAUGUAGUUUUAUACUGAAAAGAAAAGCUUUGUAUAAAUGACACAGAUGGGAGUGACUACUUAAUAAAUAGGCCUGACCCAUCAGGCCUAAAAAAAAAAACUACUAAAAUUGCUCAACUGAAUAGAAUAUGGAUUUGUCUUUGCGGCCACUUUCUAUCAUCCAGUCUGUCCCAUUAUCCGUCUUGUUCACUUCUUACAUUUUUGGUUGGUUGGGGUGUGUAGAGAGGGGCACGUUCGGUGUGCCAUAGCAGGAGGUCUGAACACCUCUCAUACACGCACCAAAUAAUAAAUGUUCCAUCCAACUUGAUCACAUGGUUUCAUAGCCGUGAUGUGUGACAUUGACACAGAAAUUCUACAAAAACUAAAUUUGAGCAUGAAUGUCAAAUCUCCGCUGCUGUUGCGGCGAUUGUCUUCGAAAUGCUUCUUUCAGCACUUCCAUACUUGAGAUAAAUGUCAGAAAACUCCUUUUUCAGAGGAUUUCGAUGUUUGUAUUUGCACAGGAUUAUUAUAACCUGAGGUCAUUUCUUAACAUUGUCUGAAUCUGUACUGGUACACAAGGGUGCAAUCAGUAAAAAUAAACUGUGUUUGGACUGCAUAAAAAUCACUGACAAACUCUGGUAAUAAUUAUUUAACCACACCUCCCUGUGUUAAAAUAGUCUUGCUGAAUAGGGCUGAUGGCACUUUGAGGAAAUGCUUUGAGUUGCAUCAACAUACAUUUUGUGUACUGAAGUCUUAAGAGAUCAAAACUGUAUUUGUGUGCGUCCCUGUUUGACCCAUCUGUCACUGAAAGCUGAACAGUUCCUACCAAAAGUUUGAACCUCUUGAUAGUGUUCACAAAGUGACAUUUCAUCAAAAUCAUCCACCGACCACUUUGAGUAUAUUCGUAAAAUCACAUUUUAAAUUAAUAUCAUAUUUGAACCUAAGUGUUUCUCAGUGCCUCCAAAAUUCUAACAUAGCAACACAUUGAUUGUUUUUGUAUAUUUCUGCAGUUUGGUUGUCAGAUUUAUUUUUAUUGGUUAAGGGGUUCUUGGUCUGAAAAAGUGAGAAACGCUGAUCAAAAAGAAAUGGACUAUUUAAAACACUAAAUUAUUGCUUAAGUAUUCGCCCCCUUCAAAUCUUUUAGUAUCUGCACACUUUUGCAGCUUUUAGUUUCUGUGCUGUAAUUUACCCAUUAACACUUUCACAAUUGUGUGGUUGUAUUUGGGAGGCCAUUUGUUUGGUCCAUUCUUUUGUGGAUUUGUCGUUAGUUUGCUGGAAAAUGACUCUUCUGCUUGUUCCAGGACGUUUUGCAAACCAACUCUAGAAUUCUUUGUAUUUUGUCGCUUUUGUUAUACGUUGCAUCAUUCUGCCACCACCAAGCUUCAUGAUGUGGAGUGCAUGUUGAGUGUCUUGUGCAGUGUUUGUCUUAUGCUCCUUUUUUAUCCCCCCCCAGUAUGAAAUUGGAGGCUAGCGUUUAGCAUGUCCACAUGUGUCUGCUUUCGCUCGUUGGCGUGAUAUCUCAAAAACCAGUUGACCGAUUUCAUUCACAUUUGGCAUAAGGGUGUACUUGAGUGAUCAACAGACACUGGUAGAUUAUGGUGACCUUGGGGUAAAUUUUAAGGUCACAGCAAGAUAGUAGAUGUUAUUGCUGCCCUUCCAAGUGGGAUUUCAUUCAUAUUUGGCAGAAGGGUGUGCUUGGGUGAUCCCAAGACGGUGGGGUAUGUCAUCUCCUGAUGACGCUCAUUGAAUGAAGUCACAGGUCUCUUGGUGAACUUGUCGCUUUCAAUUUCUUAAAUGUGUAUUUAACUGGACUCUAAUGGAUAUUCAUUGACUUGGACAUUUUCUUACCUCCAUACUAAUGUCUUGUGGUUUUAUGAUGCUUUAGGACAGGUGAUCUCCAUGAGCAGGGCUGGUUACCCCUGGUUUCAUAUCUCCAGUGUACUUUUCUAAAGCUUAGCAGAAUGUACGGCUCCUUAAUUUUUACUUUUGUGAGGACCAUUU